AUGCUUUCCCUUUGCACUCUCCUUGCUCUGGCCACAACUACGUCUGCACUGUUCAACGCCUUCAUUCUUCAACUCUCUGAGGAUCACGAAUUCCAUAAACAAGCAUCGCAUCUCUCAUACUCUGUUCGACACGAAUACCGAAACCCAGAUGUCUUCUUUGGCCUGUCCAUUCGAGGAAACAUUACCAAAGCUCAACUUCAAGAGAUUCCGGGUGUCAUAUCGGUCUCCAGUGUCUACAAUGUCACCCUUCCAGCUCAAAACCUCCAUGCUUCCACUCUCUCUUAUAACCCUGAGCUCUCUGUUCCUCGAAAUGGAGUCCUCUCAUCAUCACUGGAAAUGAGUAGCGUUGACAAACUUCAUCAACUCGGUAUCAAAGGAAAGGGGAUCAAGAUUGGCGUCAUUGACACCGGCAUAGACUAUCGGCAUCCUGCUCUUGGUAGUGGCUUCGGCCCUGGCCACAAAGUAGCUGGAGGAUACUCUUUUGUCCUCGAUAAUGGAACCCUCGACAGUAGCCCAGACCCUCUCGCCACCUGCUACGGAGGAGGUCAUGGCACUCAUGUCUCCGGAAUUAUCGGUAUGGAACCCUCAACAUUUGACAUUACCGGCGUGGCUCCAGAAUCCAGUAUCUUCAUGUACAGAGUCUUCGAUUGCUCUGGUCAUGCUGGAAGUGAUACAAUUAUGGCUGCAAUGAUCAAAGCGUACGAGGAUGGAGUCGACGUUGUGAGCAUGUCUCUUGGUAUCGGCCCAGCAUCUUUCGGUGAUGCCGUUGAUCCUUUAGCUACUGUCACACGUAUGCUCACGGAUCAUGGGAUUGCUGUCAUUGUGGCACAAGCCAACGAUGCCAAUGGAAGCUCGUCAACACCAGAACUCUACACGGAAGAAUGGCCAAGCACAGAACCGACGGCGAUCAGUGUGGGAGCCAUCUCAAACACCCACUUCCCACUAGUGUACUCCGCUACAGACAAUUUUGGCACGAUCAAGUAUGCAUCAGUAUACCCUCUCGACUUUCCAAAUGGCGCAGAUGUAUACAUCAUUGACCAGGGGUGCGACCCAAAUGCAUGGAGUGAUGCUCUAGCAGCCAUCGGGAAUGUCAAUGAAACCAUCGUCGCCUUCAAAGCAACGGAUGGCUGCCCAGCAACUUCAGCGGGGCCAGCUAACGUCCCUCAUAUCAUGGCUCUCAAUUCAGACACUUCAAAUCCUUAUCUGUCGGAGUAUGACACUCCCAGCCAAGGUUUCUUUGGGACAACUCAAUUCAUUAAUCUCAAUUCUCUGGAUGGCGACACACUCCAGAAGAACUUUGCAGCUGUUGGUGGCUACUCAAAAUACAAACUCUUCUUUCAUGACAAGGAUUUCACAAGUGUUCCUCAGAGGAGUGGUGGGAUGGUUGAUUACUAUUCGAGCUUCGGCCCCACAUGGCAUCAGUACGAUUUGAAGCCUCAAAUCUCCGCUCCUGGAGGUCAUGUCCUCUCCACCUGGCCAUUAGGUCCACUUGGUGGAUAUGCCAUUCUCUCCGGUACGUCAAUGGCCACACCAUACCUCGCUGGAUGCUACGCUCUCGUCAAGUCUCAAUUCCCUGCUGCCUCUAUCUCCGAAAUCCAGGCACGACUUCAAGUCAAUUCCAUCCCAGUCCCUUGGAUCUUCAAUAAAUCCAUGCUUUCGGCAACAGUCCAGCAAGGUGCUGGCCUGGUCAAUGCCUACGAUGCGAUCUUUGCAGAAACAACAAUCGCCCCCAGCCAGCUCAAGAUUACCGACCAGAACAAAACAACUUAUGGCCUUGCGAACAUCACCAUUGAAAACACUUCAUCGAAACCAAAGAUAUAUUCAUUCUCUCAUGAAGGCGCAGGAUAUAUGGAUUACUACAUGUCGCACGAUGAGAAAAACCAGGUUCCUUUGUUUGGCACUGCUCACUUUCCCAGUCCAACGACAAUCCCGCCAAGAAGUUCAGCCACGAUACAAUUUUCUAUCACACCCCCUCAAGGUGUCGUUCCAUCAGCACUUCCAGUCUUCGGCGGAUUCAUCAAGAUCAGCGACAGCAACGGCCAAUCUUUCUCUGUCCCAUAUGUCGGCCCACCAUACUCCCUUUUCAAUACGCCAUACAUAUUCAUACAGAAUACGUCAGACGGUAUCUUACCGGAAGUAUAUGCUUACAAUGCCGAUCAGUCCGAGGUCACAUAUGACCUCAGCCUUCUCGACAUCAACGCCACCAAUGGAUAUGGAGCUUCAAUCCCGACACUUCAAUGGACACGUGCCUUUCGAGUAGAUGUCCUACCAGCGAAUACGAACAUCACAGCCAAUUAUUACGGAUUCGAUGCAGCUAUCAAACUUGAGUAUAUGCCCAGCAAACUCUCCCCAAAUGAAAAAAUAUUUGGAUUCCCAUCGUUCGGCACAGCAAUAAAUUCCACAGGCUACGUCUGGCCAGGAGGGAAUUCUGCUUUCGGCUCAGACGACACUGUGACGAGAAGCAAUGGAUCCAGAUACAGUGUAGGGAAUGGUGACUACAGAUGGUUUGCGAGCGUUUUGAGAGCUGGUGGGAGUGACAGUGUUCAAAGCGACCAUGAUACUUGGUUGGGUCCCGUGAUGCGGUUCAACGGCCAGGACAUUUGAAGGAGUCGAAACGCGUUGAGGCUACUCGGACUUCAUCAUUUUUUAUCACUCCGGAAUGCACUCGAUUCUCCAGAGCCUGAAGGUGAAUUUGCAAGUGCAGGUUUAUGUUUUGCAGCUGAUACCGAUUGGAAUUCGCACAAUGCCAGACGUUCGCCUUUUUUCUUUUUUCCUCUUUUUUCCUCUCUUUGAUACCUUGGGUUAUGAAGCUGGGGUUUUGGAAACGCUUUGGAAUUCGUUGUUUGGCGUGUUGGUACAGGGUUGGAAGAACCGGGAGAUACCCAAUAAUUGUCCGAUCUUGGAUCAGAGAAUAGUUUGUUAGAUUUCCAGCAAGUUCAUGCAAGCAAGAGGCUCCAGUGAUGCAACGUGCAAAAUGCCUCC